ACAAAAAUGAAUUCGGUUUGUUUUUUGAAACUACUACAGAUAUUGGUCUCAUACUAGAACUUCAAAGAUGUGGUGUACAUAACGAAAGCCAGGAAAUACCCGAAGAUCAUAGUAGAUGGCCACGAGUACAGGAUGUUGUAUAAGGAUACGGCAAAAACGAAAUGGCGCUGUGUGACGUACGACAAGACCAAGUGCAAAUCUAUUGUCUUCUCUGCGGGAAAAACUGUGUCGAUUCGGAACUGUCACAAUCAUGAAAAAAAGACUAUCGAUCCGAAAACAAUUCUUGUACCGCAGUAUGUCAAAGUGGUUAGGAUGUAGAUCAUUCUAUGACUCUGUCGCAAAAUCAGCUAAAAUACAUUCUGA